AUAUCCCCUCCACCAUUUUCUCUGUUCCCCCGCCCUUCCGCCUUUUCCCUCUUUUGCGAGUCGCCGAGCCUCCGACCAGAGCGUAGCAGCAUGCGUAAUAUUAGACUAUGCGCGGAGGUGAAGCUGCCAUGCUAUAUAAGUUCAUCGUUUGGGUUUUUUGAAGAAAUAACCGUUCUUCACCGACUAGCACUUAAUCUACUGGCAACAUUAAUAACGAACAAACGAUGUCUGUCCCUUGUAUCAGCCUUCAUGAUUUUGAUGAGAGGCGAGAUGAGGUCAUCAAAGAGCUCAUGGACGCUUCUAUGAAUGUCGGUUUCUUUACCCUCUGCAACCACGGCAUCUCUCCAGAGGACGUCCAAGCCGCUUUCGACCUCUCCCGCAGAUUCUUUGCCCUCCCCGACGAAAUCAAAAUUAAAACCCCGCUUAACGGCAGGAACGCUGGAUGGGAGAAGAACACCCAAGUUCGACCAUCGACUGGUACUGCCGACCAGAAAGAAUCUAUGCAGCUGCAGUUUGCGAGGAUGGAGGGGCUCUGGCCAAGUGAUGAGGAUGUUCCCGGGUUCAGGACUAGGGCUGAGAAGUUUAUGAAUCAGAUUCAAGCUCUCUCUAUCAAGGUAAUGGAAUGUUUUGCCGACGGUCUCGGUCUUCCCCAUGAUAUUUUCACAGAAAAUACCGUCGAACGCGGCGAGAACGACUGCCAAAACGUCCUUCGUCUUUUGCACUACCACUCUAUCGAAGACAAGCAGUUUGGUCCCAACUUCUGGCGAGCGGGUGCCCAUGCCGACUUUGACAUUCUCACCAUGCUCUUCCAGCGCGACGGCGAAGGUGGCCUCGAAGUUUGCCCCGGCCGAAAAGUCGUAGGUGACUUCGGUAUGGGCCAAACUUGGAUCCCCGUUGAGGCUCGACAAGAUAGGAUUGUGUGUAACAUUGGAGAUCAACUUAUGAGGUGGAGCGAUGAUCAAUUGAAGUCAACUUAUCACCGUGUGAGGUUGCCGGAGGGUAAUGAGAGUAAGGGCCCUAGGUAUUCUAUUGCAUUCUUCAACCAAAGCAGGAUCAACACCGUUAUCCAAGGCCCUCAAAAGAAAUAUCCCCCAAUCACCGGCGGCAAAUUCAUUGCAGAAGCCAUGGCUAAAAAUCGUAUGCAAUCCGCUGACAUUGCUCGUCGAGUCGCGUUGGAAACUGGCGAAAACUUUGCGACAGAGGUGCAUUUCGUCCCCAAACACCUGCAGGUUGUUGCUUAAAUCGAUGCA